AUGACAGACAAUACCUCAAUACGCUCGUACGAAUCGUAUUUUUAUAACAGUAAACAGAGGAUCAGCAGACAAGCUUGGCGGUCGUUGCCGAUUUUAGACUGCGAGAAUGGAAUCCAGGAUCUUGAAAAUGGCUGUUCCUCAGAACGAAAGAAAUCUGUCUUCCUCCGUGCAAAGAAAGGAGUUAAAAAGUUGGGAAAGGCAGCUGGACGGAUUCAGGAGACAACGGAUUCAAUUGUCGCUAUAAAGGGAAACAUCGAAACUAUUACUGGAAUUGGAGGGGAGACCAAGGAGGGUGAAGGCGGGGAUUCAAAAACAAAACCCCCGCAAAAUGCAGCGAAAUCACUUGAUCCUGCUGCUGCAGCUCCAGCGUCACCAUCUAUUUCUAAAGCAAUUGCAUCAAACAGCGACAGUUUAUGGAAGUUGGUAUUUCUUUCUGUAAUGGCUGCCAUAGGAACGAUGUCUGUUCUUCAACUAACUGAGAUUUGUAAAGCGAUUCGAGAAAAGGGCACCGAAAGAACAAAUCAGCAGCAACUUAUCAAUGAACAGUUUGUGGCGCUAGUAGGCGCACAGAAAAAGAACAAAUAUGUCUUUUAUCAAGAGCCAGUCACGCCCGAGACAACUACAGUGGGAAGAAGAACUCCUGCUUCACAAAUCGUCAGAUCGGAGUUGAAUCGAAUAAAGAAUCAGCUGGUAAUAGUCGAGACGAAGCGUUUACUCUUCCAAGAACAACUCGAAAAUCUCACACAACUUGUGCAGUCCUUGCAAAAUCGCCUAAACAAUACGACGGUGUUGAGCGACUGGCUGGAAAAAAAUACGAUAUUACCCAAAGAGGAAACUAGAAACACUAUUCCUAAAGCUUGUUCAGUAACUCACUUCAAUUUCCCACGUGAUAUGCAAAUUACGGACUAUGUUCGCUAUCGGGCAUACUUUCCAAUGCUUACGUCUGCGACUGUAUGCAUGUGGCUACAGACAGAAAACUACCACACGGCCGUGCUGGCAAGCUACGCAAAUCUACACCAUAACAACGAACUGACAAUCCGACUUCUUAGCACCACAAGGAUUCGUUUCAAAUUGGGUGGUGUUAAAGUGGGUGAUUUCCCUGUGUCACAAUUAAAUCAAACAAGAAAGGUUCACAUUUGUACCGCCUUCUCUUCUCAGUUGGGAAAAAUACUCAUUUACAUUAACGGAGUAAAAGAAGUGGAAGCCAGGUACAAUGGCUCUUAUGCAUUAGGGGGAGGGGAUUUGUUGUUGGGCCAAGAACAAGACGAAAUCGAUGCUGGGAGAUUGGAUCCAAGACAGGCUUUCAGUGGCCAGAUAACCAACUUUCUAAUUUGGCCGCGAGUUCUGCGCGAUGACGAAGUCAGAAGCAUUGUGACGUCAUGCGAGUGCCCACGUGAUCAUGCAGUGAUGAUGUCACCGGACAGAGUAGAAAUACACGGACAAGCAAGCUACAACUUAUCAGUGUCAUGUCCAGUUUUAACGACAGCCUUGUAAACAA